AUGGCAGCAGGAGUGGCGGCCUGGCUGCCCUUCGCCCGGGCGGCGGCCAUCGGGUGGAUGCCGGUGGCCAACUGCCCCAUGCCCCUCGCCCCUGCUGACAAGAGCAAACGGCAGGAUGAACUGAUCGUCCUCAACGUGAGUGGCCGGAGGUUCCAGACCUGGCGGACCACGCUGGAGCGCUACCCUGACACGCUGCUGGGCAGCACGGAGAAGGAGUUCUUCUUCAACGAGGACACCAAGGAGUACUUCUUCGACCGGGACCCGGAGGUGUUCCGCUGCGUCCUCAACUUCUACCGCACAGGGAAGCUGCACUACCCUCGCUACGAGUGCAUCUCGGCCUACGACGAUGAGCUGGCCUUCUAUGGCAUCCUCCCCGAGAUCAUCGGUGACUGCUGCUACGAGGAGUACAAGGACCGCAAGAGGGAGAACGCCGAGCGGCUCAUGGACGACAACGACUCAGAGAACAACCAAGAGUCCAUGCCCUCACUCAGCUUCCGCCAGACCAUGUGGCGGGCCUUCGAGAACCCGCACACCAGCACGCUAGCCCUGGUCUUCUACUAUGUGACGGGCUUCUUCAUCGCCGUGUCAGUCAUCACCAACGUGGUGGAGACUGUGCCGUGUGGCACAGUGCCCGGGAGCAAGGAGCUGCCGUGCGGAGAGCGCUACUCGGUGGCCUUCUUCUGCCUAGACACAGCCUGUGUCAUGAUCUUCACCGUGGAGUACCUGCUCCGGCUCUUCGCAGCACCCAGCCGCUACCGCUUCAUCCGCAGUGUCAUGAGCAUCAUCGACGUGGUGGCCAUCAUGCCCUACUACAUCGGCCUGGUCAUGACCAACAACGAAGACGUGUCCGGCGCCUUUGUCACCCUCCGGGUCUUCCGUGUCUUCAGGAUCUUCAAGUUCUCGCGCCACUCCCAGGGCUUGCGGAUCCUGGGCUACACGCUCAAGAGCUGUGCCUCCGAACUUGGCUUCCUCCUCUUCUCCCUCACCAUGGCCAUCAUCAUCUUUGCCACUGUGAUGUUUUAUGCCGAGAAGGGCUCCUCCGCCAGCAAGUUCACCAGCAUCCCUGCCUCUUUUUGGUACACCAUUGUCACCAUGACCACCCUGGGAUAUGGAGAUAUGGUGCCCAAGACAAUUGCAGGGAAGAUUUUUGGCUCCAUCUGCUCCCUGAGUGGCGUCUUGGUCAUUGCCCUGCCAGUCCCUGUGAUCGUGUCCAACUUCAGCCGGAUUUACCACCAGAAUCAGAGAGCCGAUAAACGCAGGGCACAGAAGAAGGCCCGCCUUGCCAGAAUCCGCGUGGCCAAGACAGGCAGCUCCAAUGCCUAUCUGCACAGCAAGCGCAACGGACUCCUCACGGAGGCACUGGAGCUGAUGGGCACCCCAGAGGAGGAGCACAUGGGCAAGACCACUUCGCUCAUUGAGAGCCAGCACCACCAUCUGCUACACUGCCUGGAGAAAACCACUGGGUUGUCCUAUCUUGUGGAUGAUCCCCUGUUAUCUGUACGAACCUCCACCAUCAAGAACCACGAGUUCAUAGAUGAGCAGAUGUUUGAGCAGAACUGCAUGGAGAGCUCGAUGCAGAACUACCCAUCCACAAGAAGUCCUUCGCUGUCCAGUCACCCGGGCCUCACGACCACCUGCUGCUCCCGUCGUAGCAAGAAGACCACACACCUGCCCAACUCCAACCUGCCAGCCACUCGCCUGCGCAGCAUGCAAGAGCUCAGCACCAUCCACAUCCAGGGCAGUGAGCAGCCCUCCCUCACGACCAGUCGCUCCAGCCUUAAUUUGAAAGCAGACGACGGACUGAGACCAAACUGCAAAACAUCCCAGAUCACCACAGCCAUCAUCAGCAUCCCCACCCCCCCAGCUCUAACCCCAGAGGGGGAAAGUCGGCCAGCCCCCGCCAGCCCCGGCCCCAACACGAACAUUCCUUCCAUAGCCAGCAAUGUUGUCAAGGUCUCUGCCUUGUAAACCAUUGGACAGAGGGCCAGUGCAGGGAGUGAGGGUGAAGGGGGCUGGCCUGCAGGUGGGCAGCCACCGGCACCACUCCCCCACCUUCCCCACUCUUUCUGCCUGCCCUGUCACACCCCUAGCACUGACAACUUGUGCCUGGAAGGAAAAAGGAGGUGGCAAAGGGGCACCUGAGGUUCACCGCUGCUGGCGGGGACAUGGACAACGGCCGGGCCCUGUGAUCCUGCACCUCGCUGGGGCCAGAGGAAGGGAGGGUAGUAAGGGAUGGGGUGGCAGUGGGCGAUAUGGAGGCAGCGUGCCAGGGCAGGGCCUGGAAGGGGGGUUGCCUCAGACCCAAGAACAGCUGUUUUUGGAGACCCUGGUGAGGAAAAUACAAGAUCAAGGGCAGCACAGGGGCCGAGUUGUCACAUGCAAAACAGGAAGAAAAUAUAACACUGUGUAUUUAAGCACCUUUUUCAAGGCUCUUAAUGGAUAAUAUUUAUUCAUGGGAAAAGGUGGAAAACAAAACACCAACGGAUUUUUGUGAAAUAUUUUUCUCCAUGGACCCAAUACCUUUGAACCAAAACAAUGCAUUUUGUGAAGGUUUUUUUUCUCCUUUUAUAGAAGAAGCUUUUAAGCUAAGAAGUCAGUUAUUGCUGAGUUCUCUCUCCAUCCCCCAGGUGGGUGAGGUCACGUGAGCCUGGGCCCCCACUGCCCAGCUGACCUGCACAGAGCUGCCAUCUGACCACAUGGCAACACUUCCCUCCAUCUGUCCUUUGUCUCUGUACCUCUCUGCUUCGCCCCCUGGCUGUUUUUCUCUGUGUCCUGCCAUCCGUCUUCACAUGGACCCCAGUGAUCCUGAGACAAGUUAGUAGAGCCUCCUCCAGUACCAGGCACCUGCAGGCUCGUGCCUGGGAGUUAUAUCUGUGUGAACACAGCUGUGGAGAGGAAAGAAUAAAGUUUAGGGACGAGGGAAGCCCACUAUACCGAGCAGAGCGCUUCCCUUGUGGUUGGAACCAGUGGUGUUUGCAGUUUCCGUUUCUGGGGGGGAAAGGGAAGGACUAGAUUUUUCACACUGGGAUCUUGACACGGGAGAGGGACCAAUCCCUAGGAGGCACAGUUGGGUCUGUGUGUGCCAGUGAGGAGAGAGCAGAAGGACUGGGCUCAUAGCUGCAGUUGGCCCUGGAGCACCUUGCUAUGUACCCUUCCUUCGGGACUCACCACAAAACCCACCCAGAACUCUGCCAAGAGGCCCCAUAAGCAGCUUCCUGCAGAAAGGGUAAGCUUCUGGCUCACCUUAUGACAGAGGUAAUGCCCAUCCAGAGGCUGCAGAAGAUUCAGCUUGUGUGCUUCAUGAAGGACGCUCCACAGCGUGAAAGCAAGUAAGCGAUUCUAGAUGAUUCUUACCUGAUCUGAAAAGUGUUUGAGGUCUGAAGAGUCUUCAGGCCCAGUGCCCUGAAGGUUCCUGGAGUGGAGAAUGAAGUCUGAUCACCUCCAUGCAAGGGAGGGAGUGGAAUGUUCCUUCUGGAGAAGCUUGGAGGCCUGAGGUUAGUGAGGAGCCCCUUCCCACGCUCCCCGUGGCUGUCCGCCCAGCUUGGGCUCCGAGGUACGCAAGCCCCUUACCCAUCCUAUGGUUUGGAGGCUAGCAGUCUCACUGCAGGCUGCGAACCUCCAUCCACACGACUGCCUAGAUGCGUCUCCCUAGUCAGGAGCCUGCGAAUACCUUCGGUGGGCUUCCCUGUGAGCCCAGCCGUGUUGACCUGUGGACAGGGAAGGUCAGUGGUCCUGCGGGCAUCUAACCAGAAGGCGUGCAGGGGGGCAGGGGGGCAGGUGGGCAG